UUUGCCUAUACCGGCGUGCGCCGGUCACGUGAACGGCUACGGAAACCGGCUAAAGCAAAUCAAACAGUCUUCUAGCCGGCCAAAAUGGCUGUCAUUGCUUGUGUCGCCUUCGCUCAUAUAUUAGAUAUUCUAUUUGACGACGAAAACGACGAUAUGGUGCACGUGGAAAUGUUGGGGAUGCAUUCAAUAUUGCGUGAAGACCGCACUAGGUGCCGCAACUAUUUUGAGGAAGUUAUUCCAAAUUACCUUCCUGAUGAGUUUCGAUUAUUUUUCAAAGUUUGCCGUGGUACCAUAGAACUUAUUUGUCAGUCUAUUGCCAAUUACCCUGAACUUUCACCUAGAUGUGUACCAGGAGGAAGAGAGCCCAUCCCAUUAGGGAAAAAAGUGUUGAUAACAAUCAGGUACUUAUCAUCUCAAGAAACGAUUCAUGAACUUAGUGAUCGCUUUGGUGUCACACCGUUUAGUGUACUUCAUUGCAUAAGAAAUGUGAUUUCUUCAAUAAACAAUACAAUGCUCAAUAGAUUUGUCAAAUGGCCUGAAAAUAGAGAACUUCCCGAGAUAUCACAGCGAUUCAAUGACCUGGGACAACACGAGUUCCCAUCAGUUGUUGGGGCAAUAGAUGGAUGCCAUGUUCAGAUAGAAGCACCUUAUGUUAUUAAUCCAAAAUCAUACUUCAACAGAAAAAAAAAUCACUCUGUAAUUCUGCAAGAAGUAUGCACUUACGAUAUGAGAUUCAUAGAUAUCAACGUCGGCUGGCCAGGACGGGUUCAUGACGCUAAAGUGCUACGUAACUCUCGGCUUUGGGAAUCUGGGUUUCAUAAAUGUGAAAAUGGUAGAUACCAUUUGCUUGGAGAUGCUGCAUACCCACUUAAAGAGUGGCUUCUAACACCAUAUCGUGACAACGGCCAUCUGACCAGACAACAGUUGAGCUUUAAUAUGCGUCUUUCAUCUAAGAGGCAGGUCAUAGAGAGAGCCUUUGCUCAGUUAAAAGGACGAUUUAGAAGAUUGAAAUAUGUGAAUAUUAAAUCGGUGGAGGAAAUAUGCAAGGCUGUCUUAUGUGCGUGUAUUCUGCACAAUGUGUGUAUCAUUGAAGCUGAUAGCCUAGAAGACAUGUUGUUAGAAGAAAACCAAGUUCCUGAGAACUAUCCUGGAAUGGCUGUGCUUCAAAAUGACGCACAAGGGCAGCUUAAAAGAUUGAACAUCACACAAAGGAUCUGACUAAUGAAAAUACUUGGUGAUAGAGACAUUCUUGUAGAAUAAACCAGUGAUACAGUAAA